AGGGAGAGGGGGAGACGGGUUUCCUGUCGGAUUGGAGCAGCUUGAGCUUGCUUUGUGCUUAAGCUCCACUCAGAUGUGCAAGGAGAGGGUCGAAGUGAAUUGGAACUGUGCGUAUCGUUUCAAAGGAGACGCUUGUCUGAAGAGACGUGGAUUUUUAAGACGAUAUUAUUCAAAUAUGCUGCUGAACCCUGGCUGCAGGUGGAUCGUGAGCUUCAUUCUGGACACGCUGGAUUGAUUAACAUUUGGGAGGCUUCACUGACAGGACCGCUGGAGAAGUAAAACUUUGUUAAUAACCUCAUCAGUAGGAUAGCACAGUAGCGUUUUGUCUUAUGAUAUUUUUUUUAUAUUUUGUGAAAAGUACACAGACUCAUUACUCGCUAUUUUCUCAUCACAGGACGCUAGACAGUUUUUCUACUGAAAUUCCCUUUUCCGGCUGCACCAUUCAUUGUUUUAUUUUGUGUAAAGGAGCAGCUAGCACAGUCUCUGAAUACAAAUACAGUCAGAUUCCCAGCUUCACCGAGUAAUUUACAGUUAUUUAACAAUAGAAAACGCAAUCCCCGAGAUCCACUAGAACAUUUUCUCAGUAUCGGUUUUUUUCGGAAUAUUGUCCUAAUGAUUUCAUUCUGAAGAUAAACUUCAGUUUGUUGACGGGUUAAAAAGCUGUUAUUAACAGAGGUUAGAUUAUUUUAAUGUUUUGCAUGGCGUACUUGUUUUUUGCGUUAAAUUAUGGCAUGAUAUGUUGUAGACCCCAUAACGCAAAAAAACCCUGCUCAAGGAACUUCAUCAACAAUCAAUUGAAACUCUAUCCAGUCAUUUAACCGGGCAAACCUCGGACCUGCACCCAGUUGUUUAAUACAGCGCACCAACACUGCUCUCGGGUUAAACUGCAGUGACCUUGGACACACAUACACACAAUCACUCAUGCCUAUUGCACAGUCUUACAGUUGAGGUGCAUGGAGAAGUAACCGAUAUGUUCGUUUUCUUUAUAGCUGUGUAUUCACUUUAAUAAGGAAGAUUGCACAACUAACGCACCCCGUUAAGAGAGGGCCCCCCCUCAUGCUAUGCAAUCACUUGUUUUUAACCCAGUGGAUCUGAUCGUUUUUUUAAAAAAGUGAUAACCUGUAUUUUUUAUAUAUUCUGAAUACUGGGUUCUGUUGAGUUGUAGUCCUCUUAGAAUACGUACAUUUCAAUAAUUUUAACCCAAAGGAGACCAGGACUGCACUUUAUUUCGCAUAACUUAGUGCGCGUGGGCGUCGAGAAUUAAAACUUCGGGGAGCCGCUUUAGGGUGAGACCACGAAUCAAUAAAGCCAAAGAUUUGCCCUUAGCUUUCCGGCAUGUGGGGGCUGAAAAAGGCGAUUGUUCGAAGGACCUAGAUAUGACAUACAGUCAUGAGUACAAAGAGAUCGCUGUGUAUAAAGGCGCUGCGCGAGCCUUGACAGUUAACCACGCGAGGGAAACGGACUGGACAGCGGCUGGAACUCCAAAGUACAGUUCAAAAGCCAUUGCAGGACAGGCGUCUGUCAAGAUCAAGAGGAUUAACCGCGAGGAUCUUUAUAAAUUAAACAAAUCCCUUAUACUUGGGCGUUUAAGGGGCCAAGCUGGCAUCGUAUUUUUUCCCAAUCGUUGAACUUCAACUUGAAAGGGAUGCCGGUGGAGAAGUUCGUGGACAUGGAGAACAAACUGCGAAUCCUGGAGGAUCUGAAUAUGAUGUACAUUCGGCAGAUCGCCCUUAGCCUACAGGACAGUGACAUCCAAAAGAAAAUCGAUCAUGAGAUCAGGAUGCGUGAUGGUGCAUGCAAACUGCUGGCUGCUUGUUCUCAGCGAGAACAGGCCCUUGAAGCAGCCAAGAGCCUGUUGACUUGCAAUGCUCGCAUCAUGGCCUACAUGUCUGAACUGCAGAAGAUGAAGGAGUCUCAAAUUAUGCAGAAGAUGGCUCGCAGGUCUUCAGAUGCUGGUUCAGUGGAAGAUAGGCUGCCUUGCAAAGCAAAAGUGGCAAUCUCAGACUUAAGAAUACCUCUCAUGUGGAAAGAUACUGAGUACUUCAAAAACAAAGGAGACCUUCAUCGAUGUGCCGUCUUCUGCUUGCUGCAGAUUGGAACUGAGAUUAAUGAUACAGAUAUGGUGAUAGUAGACAGGACACUCACAGACAUCUGCUUUGACAACACUGUUGUUUUUAGCGAGGCUGGUCCUGACUUUGAGCUUAAAGUGGAGUUAUACAGUUGCUGCACAGAAGAAGAAUUUGCAGGAGGAAACACACCCAAGAAACUGGCGAGCAAACUGAGCAGCUCUCUGGGACGAUCAUCUGGAAAGAAAGUACGAGCUGUGUUGGACACUGGAGGUAGCAGCCCAGUUAGCAAUGGCGGGGGCAAUCCACUUCUCUUGCCUGUUACCACUGUACCUGGGCCAAAGUACCAUCUUCUUGCCCAGACCACACUGACUCUUGCCAGUGUGCAAGAGAGCUUCCGGACGCAUGACCUCAUGAUCUCAGGAAAUGAGGAAAGCUCCUUCUGGCUGCCUCUGUAUGGCAGCAUGUGUUGUCGACUUGCAGCACAACCCCUCUGUAUGACACAACAGAUGGUAGCAGGGUAUCUCAGGUUCAAGCAAAUCACUGGGGAGCAACAAAACUGGAUGAAAAUCUAUGCAGUCCUCAGAGGGACAAAUCUUUUCUGUUACCGUAAGAAGGAGGAUGUGGAGGCCAAAGUGGAACCUGCUUUCACAAUAGCCAUCAACAAGGACACACGGAUUCGAGCAACCGAAAAAGGUCCUCAAAGCAUUUCCAUUAGCAACCAGUAUGGUGGAGAGGAGGUAACUCACACCCUAAUGGCUGAGAGCCGUGAUGAUACCCAUCGCUGGAUGGAAGCCUUUUGGCAGCAGUUCUAUGACAUGAGUCAGUGGAAGCAGUGCUGUGACGAGUUAAUGAAAAUUGAGACACCAUCACCCCGGAAGCCCAUUACAAUGCUUUCCAAACAGGGAUCUUUGUACCAUGAAAUGGUUAUUGACCCAUCUGAUGAUAUUGGCACAGUGACAGACAUCUUGACCCAGCGGAUGCAGCAGUUCGACUUGCACAGAGAACUGGGGUCUGCUCCUGACUGGAUGGUUCUCUUCAAUGAAUCCCGCCUACCUCCUGGGGCAUGCCAUGGAAAUGCACCACUUUCUUCAGAUGCCAGUAUGACUUCUGACAGUGACAGUGCAUACAGCACAAGCCCUUGCAUGCACCACCCUUGGCGGACACAUCGGCAGGAUGCUACUUUGAGUAAUGGAAGAAUGCGACCUCGUACUCUCUCUCUGGAUGCCAAACUCAGCACCCUGAAGAGUCGCAUGGCAGUUCUCCAUGAACCAUCAAAGAGACCACAUGUAGAGCUUUCCUGCAGCAGCUCCAGUACCAGCUCCAGUGAAGGCAACAGAACUCCAGAGUCAGAAAUCGCUCCUUUUUCUCAAUCAUCAAGUAGCAGGCAGAGUCUUCGUAACAUCCGAGCCAAACUCGAUCCCAGAAACUGGUUGCAAACACAGGUGUAG